AUGGGCGACAAGGAUGCAUACGCACUGCUCGAGCAGGCCAGCAAGAAGAGCAAAGGCGGCAGUGGCCUGUUUGGCAUGUUUUCAGGAGCAAAUCUCGAAGAAGCUGCUGAUCUCUACGCUCGCGCUGGAAAUGGAUUCAAACUCAACAAGAAAUGGAAGGAGGCAGGAGACGCUUACAUGCAACAAGCGGCAACAUUAAUCAAGAUGGGCGAGUCGGACGAGGCAUCUGGCGCUUUCAUGAAUGCCGCAAAGGCUUACAAGAAGGAGUUCCCAUCUGAGGCCGUGUCUGCCUUCCAACAAUCAACUGCUGCUCUGGUCUCAAAAGGCCGCUUCCACGCUGCCGCUGCAAACGAGAAAUCGAUCGGUGAAAUAUACGAAAACGAACUAGUAGACCAACAAAAGGCAAUGGAAUGCUAUGAACGUGCUGCUGAUUACUAUCUGGGUGAAGAUCAACCACAAGCUGCAAACCAAUGUCUUCUCAAAGUCGCCACAUUCGCUGCUGAAUUGGAAGACUACAACAAGGCAACUGAAAAGUAUGAACAGGUUGCUCAACAAUCCGCUUCAAAUGCCAUGACGAGGUUUUCAUUACGAGGCUAUUUCUUGAAUGCGGGAAUAUGUCAUUUGGCUUCAGGGGACUAUGUCAAAACACGAAUGUCACUAGAAAAGUAUGUCAAUAUGGAUGUGAGCUUUACUGACACUCGUGAAUACCAAUUCCUGAAGCAACUGGUAGAUGCAGUAGACAGCCAAGACUCUGAAAGCUUCACUGCAGCUUGCGAAGAAUACGACAAACUGACAAGGUUGGAUGCAAUCAAAACCAAAAUGUUGCUCAAAGUCAAGAAAUCACUUGGUGAACCUGAUAGUAUAACAUAA